AUCCAGGAUCCAGCACCACACCUCGAGACUCCUCGUCGCCGGAGAAGCAGCAAUGGCCGGAAGGAAGGGCGGCGAGAGGAAGAAGGCGGUGGCCCGGUCCGUGAAGGCCGGGCUCCAGUUCCCCGUCGGCCGCAUCGGGCGCUACCUCAAGAAGGGCCGCUACGCGCAGCGCGUCGGCUCCGGCGCCCCCGUCUACCUAGCCGCCGUCCUCGAGUACCUCGCCGCCGAGCUGCUGGAGCUCGCCGGCAACGCGGCCAAGGACAACAAGAAGACGCGCAUCAUCCCGCGACACCUGCUGCUCGCCGUCCGCAACGACCAGGAGCUCGGCAGGCUGCUCGCCGGCGUCACCAUCGCCCACGGCGGCGUCAUCCCCAACAUCAACUCCGUGCUGCUCCCCAAGAAGUCCCCCGCCGCCGCCGAGAAGGAGGCCACCAAGUCGCCCAAGAAGAAGGCCGCAGCCACCAAGUCCCCCAAGAAGAAGGCCGCAGCCACCAAGGAGUAGACAUAGUCAAUGUUGCUCUGUUCCAUUUCUCAUGGACAUGAUGACUUACUAGUCAGAUACUCAGAUCCGUCGAGGAAAGACGCCGUUGUAUCUCUGAUUUCUGUGGGAAAUAGUACUACUAAAGAUGCACUCCUUCUGCAAUUGGUCUUGUGAAUGCUUCGCACCUGCUUCUGCUUCUGAACAUUUGCUUGCUACUACGUACUAAAUAAGUUCCAUUUGUAUGAAA